UUCUUCUUGUUUCCCUACCUCCCUGUGCCGAAUGCACCUGUUCGUAACAAUCUCGCCUGAUUUAACGUGGCCAGGAGCCAAGCUAAGCCUCUCCCCUUUCACAAUGCAUGCACUAUACAUGUCAGUCACCGUGGGGCCCUGACGUGGCCUGUGUAGAUUCCUCCGUUUUUUAUUAACCAGCCCUGCCGGAUGAUACGUUUGCAGCCAGUGUCUGUUCAGGGGAGCGAAACGGCUUAUUGGUUAAGCGAUGCUGUGCAGCGGAGGAGGGAAAAGUGCCCCAGAGGUUUGGUGAGGUAAUGAUUUCUCUAGCUCAACUGGUGAUAAUCCCAGUCAUCCUGGUACGCAGCCUCUGUAGAGUGCAGGCAUAGGAUGGAUGGUCUACCUGCCUCAUGAGGAAAAAGAGGAGUUCAGCUCUGCCUACAGUGCCUGGUGUGUGUGUGUGUCUGUGUAGUUGCCUCGCUGCUGAAAGCAUCUUUCCUGAGUUGGUGGCAUAACAGGUUCUGCUCUGACCAACACGACACGUCAUCUCAAGUCAGCUAACGGUGACAACAAACUAUUUGGCUUUGGGCUCUGGUCGAUUCACUGCGCUGAGUAUCAUUGUAGGAGAGAUGUUACGUUAAGUGUGCAGUGAUUUUUGCCUGAUGAAAUACUGACCGAUGCCUUAGUGACAGGACUGCAUUGAACAUUCUUUGCACAAAAUUGCGAAUGCUGGCAAUAGGAAAUGCUGCUUCUUAUAUUGGUACAUGUACUGGUAGGAGUGAAAUUAACAGGGACACCGUAGAUCGUUCUGCGGCUUCUAGCCAGCUCAGCCAAAUCGAAGGAGAGAUGCAUUAUUUCUGUUGCAUCAUAUAGUCAGCGAACUGUAAGCAUCGACCUCCAAGAAUUAAACUCCAAGUCAAAGCUCAGCGGUAAUCUUCGCGAGCGGCAGUGAGCACGACGCCACGGGAAGAUCUGUAUGCUGUAAAAUUCGUUUGAUGCGAUGACUAUCCACGGUAGAUAACCCCAUAACCAAAGUUGUGGUGUGUGGGUGGCGCGGGCAAAACCAAGGCAGGGGAAAUUAAUACCAAGCCGCAAAUACCAUCCAGCGUUCACGUGAUGUCGUCGACUUGGUAAAUGCAAUUAAAAUAACCGCACGAGCCCAGCAUAUUGGCAAGUAUACAGAGGUACCUUUAUAUUAUAAGGAAAAGGAAUAGAGAGAGCAGCCAAAGCCACUUUUCAUGGUCACGCUCUCACUUUGCAUUUCCCAUGAAAUUUUUUGCAAGGCAACAUCUGCAGGAUAAAUGACAAGGGGAAGAAGGUGAUGCUGCUUCACUGAGAGCUAAGCAGUAAUUCGCCCCAUCCAGAGAGGAAGGAGAGGCGCCGAAGAGACCUCGAAGCAGUACCGGUGUCUCAACGACCCUCCGCAAAUUACCCGUCCUCAUAGAAUAAGAGAGAGCGCAAUUUGUAACCCUCCAGCUGCUUCAUUUCUCUUUUUUUGGAGGAUUCGGAAGUCUUGGCGUUUAAAUGACAAAAAUCGACAUAUUGUUUUUGCGACAGAAUUAUACUUGAGGACCUGGAAGGACCGAGUGGGAUUCGGACAGUUUCCGUUGUGCUUUUUGAUUGAGCACUGCUGUGGGAUCCAGCAGUUUUUUUUUUUCGAAACUUAAUUUGGGACGUGACUUUCAAUUUAGUUUCUGUCAGACGACGGCCAUCGCACACCAGGAGGAUCAUUGAAAACUCCGACGAUGGCAACGACAGUAUCGACCCCUGGCACAAUCUUGCCGACUGAGUUUUCAUCUGUGGUGGUAGUCACGGAGGAAGACGCAUACACGAACGGCACAGACUCAUGGCUGGGCGAAACCAUCGAUAUCAAGCAGAACGACUCCGUGCGCAUUGGGUUCGCUCUGCAGGAAGAAGUCGUCUACACCCUGUACGCCAUCGUCUUCGUGCUCACCGUUGUGGGCAACAUCCUGGUUAUAGUGACCCUGGUUCAAGACAGGCGCAUGCGCACAGUGACCAACAUGUUUCUGCUGAGUUUGUCCACCAGUGACCUGAUAUUUGGCAUCUUCUGCAUGCCGUUUACUGUUGUUGGGAACGUUCUGGGUCGGUUUGUCUUCGGCGAGGUCAUUUGUAAAAUGCUGCCCUACAUCCAAGGGACCUCGGUAACGGUAUCAGUUUGGACCAUGGUUGUCAUAUCACUCGAGCGGUAUCACGCUAUCUGUCACCCUUUGUCGUCCCGCAUCUGGCAAACGAAAGCCCAUGCUUACAAGGCCAUUGCGGGCGUGUGGUUGGUCGCCGUCUUGCUGAACCUACCAGCUCUGAUAUUCACCACGUUGAAGUCUAUAAACAGCGAAACGGCAUACAAGUGUUAUGAGCAUUGGCCAGAAGGGCCAUACGUACAAAUCUACAGGUUGUGCCUGUUCGUGAUCCUAAUGGUCGUGCCCCUCUUUCUUAUGGCCAUAUCGUACGGCCUCAUCAUCGUGGAACUGCAGAAGGGCAUGAAACUCGAAAAAUCCACCGCUGAUAAUGAAAAAGGAGAAAACGGCAUACGCAUGAAGAAUUUGGACGAGGCUUCCUGCAGCCUGAACGAGAGAGUCACCAAGAAAGCUACUACAUCAACAGCUGUGAGGAGCACUUCAACAAGCGACGCUAAGAAGAGAGUUGUCAAGAUGCUAAUUAUUAUUGUCGCCCUCUUUUUUAUCUGUUGGACACCUUCUUGGGUGACCAACAUCUGGAUCACCGUCAACCUCGAAAGCGCCAAAAAGCAUUUCGGGCGGCCCGAGGUCACCAUCUUCAAGCUGAUGACGUACACGUCGGCCUGCGUCAACCCCGUCGUGUACUGCUUCAUGAACAAACGGUUCCGCCAGGGUUUCCUAAACGCGUUCGCCUGCGUCCGGAUCCGGGCCUCUGAGCGGGCCACGGCCAGCGAGAAUGUUAGUCGUUUCCAGUCGGGGCGCCGCGCAAACCUAACACGGCCCAGCCCGACAAACUACACCAACGUUUCCUCGGAUUCUUCGGUGUAGCUUUGCUCUCGGAGGAGACAAAAAAAUUGGUCCCUUUAACAUCGCUGCCAGCAGAGCUUCGUCGCAGCCCUGAUAAAGUGUGAUGCAUCCUCACGGGGAAGUAUGCACAGAAUGAUGUGGUCAUCGCUGAAUAGGUUUCUGCUGAAUUUACAGUUCAGCUCCACACAGUAAAGGGGAGAGUAAAAGGAAACCUUGGGUAAACUGGAACCCCCUUUAAUAUUUAGAAAUUGCCACACCGGCAUCUAAUAUAAACAUUAUAUAUAUCGAAAAUUCAGUGCCAGUACUUUGAAGUCUUGCCUCGGCCUCAUUGAGGCUGGUGUCAAGGGUCUUUAGAAAAUUCCAGAAGAGAAUAAGGCUGUGCUAAAGUUACUAUUAUCGACUUGUUUUUACGGUGGGUAGAGUUCAAACGACAUACACACUGUAUUGUAUUUGGUUGUAUAUCUGAGGCUUCUGUGGUAAAUCAAACAUGACAUGGAGGGUCAAACAGACCCCCGUAUGGCUGCAGAAAGUGUGUAUAAGAAAGACUUUCUAGUGCAGUCUUGAAAAAAGUCUUCUUUUUCCCCAUUAUUUUGAACAGUUUUGAGAGAUCUUGUCUCUACAUCUUCUGAUUUCUGUCGCAAAAGGAAUAAACCACCCAAAAAAUAAUAAACUAGUACAAUUAGCAAACAAAGUAGGGAAAUAUUUGGACUUUGUUACACUUUUAAAUUUGACAUUUUAGGUUUUGGGAAUGUUUGGUUGAAAUCCUACUUACAGUUGUAUUAUGGAUAAUCUAAUUUGAAUUUUGGAACAAAAUGUGUGCGAUGGCAACAGUUGGUACAGCUUAUUCCCACAAAAAUGUUGAGUACUAUGGGGCCGUUUUACGCUACGCAGAGAAUCCUUAUUACUUUAUUAUUAAAAAAAACCAGACCGGUGAUGUGAGAUUUUAGAUUCUUUGUUACCAUGACAAUGUUUCCUGAACAUUUGCGGUAUUGACCCACAAUACAGCAAAUAUACAGUUCCAGUUCCGCAUUCUCCCUUUUCAGUCUCUGUGAUGGACACUGUUUAUUUUACAUUUACACAAACUUGCUUUUUAAGUUAGGGUACCGUUUCAGCCCACCCUACCCACUCGCAAUGCGCAGGACUUCUCUUGUAUGGCAUAUUACAGAGACGACUUGAAACUUUGAGCAUUAUGGCCAUAUCAAAUAGACUUUCUUAGCUACGGGUGCAUCAGCAUGUUCCCAUGUAUCUGAACCGACAAAGGCCUAACCAAACCUAGCUCUCCACUUUUUUUAAACGUCAGUGUCGCAUUCUUGCACAUUUUGGCUGGCCGUCAGUUAAAAAAACAAGGAAACAAAGACUUGUGAAUGCUGCAAGUGACAGGCAUGCAGCGUAGAUUUUGCGAAAUAGAGUGGGUACUGCCUUCGUGCAAAGCAGAGAGGCGUGAACAGAGCUGGAGAGAGUGGAGACAGGAGUAGGAUGUCAAAUGGUGUGUAGGUUCAUGGGUGUAAACCCUGAGCUAGGGCAUUGCCAGGGGUGUAUAUUCCUCCAAUUUUUGACUAGGGAGGUGUGCCGUUGUUUUCAUCACCUCCCUCCUAUAAACCUUGCUUGUUUCGUAUAGCUAUAAGAUAGAGUGGACAUUACCUUAUUUCUCCUGUGGUUCUGAAAACUAGGGGGAAACGUUGCUUUUUCUCCCAUUCAUUCGAGCGAGAUUUUGGAUUAUUUCCUGAACUGUUUCUCUUCAUUUUUCCACUGAUAAAUCCUGACCCCAAAAUGCCCCUGAAGCUGAUUUUUGAGGGAAGGGAAGACACUGUGUGGACGUGUGCGGGUCCAGACACUUUCAAAACUCUACUAUAUAUGUGGACCUCUUUCAUUGAAGGUUGCAAUUAUUUUUUAAGUAAAGAGAAGAUUUUUCUAGCAGGAAAUCCCUGUGCAGAAUGUGAAUAAUAGGAGCAUGUGUGUGCUGUGGAAAACGUUAAUUGGGGUCAGCACCUCAGGAUGUGCAAGAGGAGGGCGAAAGCUGAGGGAAACGGUGGAAUAGUGCGAGAAAAAAAACGAGAGAGCAGGAGCCGUUGUGAGUGAAAGCAUUAUACUUCAGACAGACGGGGGAGAGACACUGGUUAAAGUGUGCAGGCCUAACUUAAAUUGAGAAUGCAGAGAGUAUUCAUGAAAGGGGAGAGAAGGCUGUGUGUAAGGGCAUGGCAAGAGAACAGGCAAAAUGAAGAGAAAUUUGCAACACUUACGUAUGCAAUAGAGCGAACCCAACGGUCAACGCCUAUUAAAGCGGAUGCCUAAAGUUGGAGUGACGCACACUCGCCCGCGUACGCCGUCGAUUGCACAUUCUGGUCGAAUUUGGGGUGCAUCAGAUCACUUUGUGGUUAUCCGAAACAAAACUGCCCAAUUAAACUCAAGGAGUCAAAGAACUUUAAUCAUAUUAACAGGGAGUGACGUAAAAUGCAAAUGUCCUUACGCGCUUUAACUGAAAAAAAAAUUUGAGCGACGUAAUAACUUUGUCGUGUGAAGUUGUGUAUCGCCUGUCUGGAUACUGCCUCUAUGGAUACCAACUAACGAAAUCACUUUUUGCAAUGGUAAAAAAGAAAUCGUUGGUCAGAUUGUUUAAUUUUGUAGUGCCAGUGAGUUCAAAAAAAGUUAGUUUAAAGAUCUGUAUAGGAACCAUUGCGAGCUGUGAAAACUAACAGCAAAUUGGUUCCUACAGUUCGAAUAUGUCUUGAGACAUGCGGGAUGUACAGAUAAUUCUGAAUUUUAGAUAUGUCUUUGGAGUGUCUUUAAAGGAUUUGAAUUGGAACUGAGAUCGAUACAGUCAUAAAUGAAAUUAGAUUUAAGCUUGAACUGUUAAUCUACAAGUGUUGGUUUAUGUAAUCCUACUUGUACAGCAAAAUCUCUCAUAAACAGAAAUCCUAAGUACAAGUCUGCUGAUCAUAAGGACGCCUUAGGUUGGAAGAAAAUCUCAGAUCAAGUAGCCACUGUACAUAUAUUUAAAAUGUGUAAGAGUAUUUUAAUAAUCACAAACUAUUUAAAUCUAUAUGUAUACAUGGCGGAGAAUUCACGUCAGAAUAUUUAUUGAUUCCUAGUCUUAGAGUGUUAAUUAUCAUCUACUAUUUGAGGAUAAGGUUGUAAAAACUGUUUGGCUGUCGAUAUAUUUUUUUAAACAGAGUUUGUCUGGAAAACAGAUAAUAAUGAAAAUCAAGUGGAAUUCUAGAUGUAAUCCCACAGAAGUUUGGUCAUAUACAGAGAGUCACGAUGGUACUUGUAUAUGUAAAGCACGUGUCAUCUGAAUAACUUGUAUUUUGAGCACUUGUUUUUUCGUAACUAGCUGUAACACAAGAGUAAAGGGUAUAAAGCGCCACUUUAUGCAUGCACGAAAAUACUGUCGCCACCUCAAGGACGACUUGGAUAAGUUUGAGCACCAAUUACUUCGACUACUGAGUUACCCGGACGAUGGAUGGUUUGGACCACCUGGUCAAUCAUUUUAGAACCAGGCUCUGGGGAAUGGUCGCACCACUCGUUGUCCGCAGCCGAUUUAAUUUGUCAGUACGGAAGGAACUAUUUACAUGAAAAUAAUUGCAUGAGAUGUCAUUGACCACGAACGCUGCAAGAGCUGAAGCCAACGGCAAAAAGUGUGAGACGAUGAGACCUUUCAAAAAUAAUGAGACAAGGGUCGCUAGGGUAUGACUGUACUGUUUCAGUGCAUAUGUAAACAGUAAUUAUUCGGUCGGGUCGAAAUACAGUUCACACUUACCUCACGAUUUUAGAACUCAACCCAAACCAGCACCUUCAAAAAGUCUUGUUUGUAUACCGUACAAAAGUGGUCAAACAGUGUUGGGAAUUUGUUUUUUUGCCCAACCUUGGUUAAAGUUACCACGUUGUUGGUUAAUUUCCAUCACUGUUGGUCAAACAUUGACCAACGAUUGGGAAGAAUUUGCCCAAGGUUGGGAAGUCGAUAUUUACACCAACAUUGGGCAAAGUAUCGACCCAAAUUUGACCAACCUUUUUACAGUGUAGGAUCCUCCAGUGCACUCCUUUAGAAUAGAGAACAUGAGCGUAGUGAUUAGAUUAACGUUUGAAGUAAAUUGUUGUUUAUCUGAAGAAGGAAAACUGUAAAGCGGCUUAUUUGAAAUAGGGGAAGGGGCAUAUUUAAUGGUUUGAGGCAGAAAAGAAAAUAAGCACUAACUUUUUGCUAAACUGGGCUUCAUUCAUUUUUCGGUAUUUUCUUUUCAUUUCUGUAAGCAAUUGUUUUUCAUUAUUUACAAUAUAAUGUUCAAGGUCAGUUGUUUUAUUGUAUCAGUUGUAAUAGGUUCAAUACAUAUAUUUCACUCUGUUGACAAUCACAGUUUCAGAAUUUAAAUAACUUUCUGCGCCUUACACAAACAAUGGCCUCCAGAGAUCCUUACAGCGGAGGAAAAAUUGUUCUAUGUAAUAAUUGUAAUGCUUUGAACAACUUGCUCGCACCGGUUUGGCCACUGACUGUCGGAUUCACUCUUUAGAUCAUCAGGGGGUGCUAAUUUAAAAUUUGAAUCAUGGAAUGAGUCCUUGCAAAGUUGAUCAUUGCAACCAAUCAAAAGCUGGAGAUAAAAUUGUCGGUGUAUUCAACAAAGUAACCGUUGACGUGUAAAGUUCCUCAGAUAUCGAAAAUAAAAUGGUUAUUCAGUAUAAAUCAAUCACUCAGCUGUUAGGCUGAAUUGCAUGAUUUUCAUAAACUUUGUGGAAGACACGUUAGAAUUAACGAUAAAGAAACACGCAUUAAAUGACACGGAAAGUACAAAUUGGUUUUUAAAAAGACUACAACAAUCAGAUUGCAAUAUGAUUGAAAAAAAUGAAAUAAAAGAACAUGGAUAUAAAAUGCUACACUUGAAUGUAUAAAAAAUGUUGAUGUGAAGUUUGGAAAAUAAUCUUUAUUUCUUGAUUGGAAUUUAAGAACACCGGGAUUCAUCUUACUUACGAAUUCGUAUUUUAAAAGGUUGCUAUAUAUACUUUUAGGCAUUUUUCGCUAUAACUUUCAUCCAGCAUAGGAGUGGUUUCCCAUACAAUGUUGACUUCUAAUUGUUCUAAUUAAUCAUCAAAUAAAAUUGGAAUUAUAAUUACGAA